GGAAGACUGCCCAAGAGCAGUACACAGCAGGGCCAAACUUCACCCGCUGCACCUUUCGCUUGGUCUCUCUGAGGCCCGCUCAUGACUUUCCAAGCUUUAGUGGGCGUUUGUCCCAGUUCUGUGAAAAGACUGCCACUCCUCACUGCUUGUUUCUGAAAAAACUAGUAAACAUUAACAGAGAGUGUAGGUAAAGCUGCAGCUGCACUGCCAGAGGCCCUCAAGAGACCGCAGAGGUGGGGACUUGUGGUACAAUAUAAUGAGGCCCUUCCCUCAGAAAAAGGGGAAAAAAAGCCUAGGUCCUUCUGGCAUCUUUGUCCUUCCCCACUGCAAGAGGGUGGGGAGCACUUACCUCGAGCCUCCAAGCAGUGCCUUGCAGAAUUUCAUAGUCUGGGGUACUGGGCUGCUGAAAGGUCCCUGUGAAUGAGCAGUGCUGCAGCAGCGUCCCACCUCUGCUAGUUAAAUGAGAUCCCGGUUCUUCCUUUGUUAGCGAGGAAAAUAGCAGUUGCCCCUGGAAUUGGUCCAUGUCCUGCCAUCGUGGUCCAGGUGUGUGGGCUGUGGAAUGAGCCCUGUGCUCUGCAACUCUGUCAUGGUAAUUCUCUGCUGCCAGAUCGUGAUUUUCAUCCCCGGUAUAUUUUAUAAUAGAGCCCUGAGGGGUUGUUCAUGCAAAUCGUCUGGGCAAACGUAGAAGCUGCUGUUUAUCAAAGCUGUCAUCCUACCUAUAUCUGAGUUGCUGAAAUAAGACUGCCUAGAGGAAAGACCUGCACAGUGAGAAUUCUUCCUUCAACCAUGGGUGGAAAACAUUCACAAUUCUGGAAAGCACCUGACCAAAAGGAGAGUGAAGGCAAACUCAUCUUACCCAGGCAACUGGCUGCUGAAGAUGAAAUCGCCAAUUAUGCUAGUAUCAAUGACUCUGCUACGUCCUGCGUGCCCUGCGUGGGCAUUGCACGUCGAAGCUACGUCAACUGUCCAACGUGUCAGGGAACAGGAAGGAUCCCCAGGGAGCAAGAGAAGCAGCUGGUGGCUCUGAUUCCAUAUGGUGACCAGAGGCUGAAGCCUAGACGAACGAAACUCUAUGUAUGUCUUGCGGUGACGAUCUGUCUGCUGACAACAUCUCUCAGUAUUUUCUUCCUGUUUCCUCGCUCCAUUACUGUGCUGCCUGCGGGGCUGAAUGCCUCCUCUGUUGGCUUUAAUGCCACCACCGCCUGUAUGUACCUCAACAUGACGAACGUGCUGAACGUAACUAAUAACAACUUCUACCUGGUCACUGUUGAGCAGCUAGACAUAGAGGUUUUGCACCAGUCCCUGAUAGUAGGAAAGACCACCAUGAAACUUCUACUGAAUAUGAGCCCUUUGCAGAGCGGCCAGAUCUAUUAUCUGGUGGCCAGUAGGAUAUGGGACGACAAUACCUAUAACAUUUGCACCUGGACAAAAGUCAAAGUUCACAAUGUUCUGCUGCAUAUACAGGGUACCCUGACCUGCACGUACCUGUGUCAUUCAGAGCAGCUGGCUUUUGAAGACUACCAGUACGUGGACUGCCGGGGGAAUGCCACGCUACCUCACCCGCUGUACCACCGCCCACCAUGACGGGGUCAGGCUGGCUGAGCU